GAAAUGAGGUUCCCCUUAAUUACAAAACCGACAAGUAAUUGAAGCUCUUUGCUUUGUGUUGAUGAGCUGGUUGAGAUGGAAGGCACAAGAGAAAAGAAGAUGAAGAUACUAUGCCUCCAUGGCUUUCGGACCAGUGGGAGUAUCCUCAAACACCAAAUUAGCAAAUGGGAUCCUUCUAUCUUCGCUCAAUUUGACAUGGUGUUUCCAGACGGUAUUUUUCCUGCCACGGGAAAAUCCGAGGUAGAAGGCGUCUUCCCACCGCCUUAUUUUGAGUGGUUCCAGUUUAACAAGGAAUUCACCGAAUACACAAACUUGGAGGAAUGCAUCACUUUCUUAUGUGAAUACAUAACAAGCAAAGGUCCUUUUGCUGGUUUGCUUGGCUUCUCUCAGGGUGCAACACUGUCGGCCCUUCUACUAGGCUACCAGGCACAAGGAAUACUGUUGAAAGAGCAUCCGCCCAUUAAACUGUUCGUAUCAAUAUCAGGGUCCAAGUUCAGAGACCCACGCAUAUGUGAGGUUGCAUACAAGGAGAGCAUCAAGGCUAAAUCUGUCCACUUCAUAGGAGCCAAAGAUCGGUUGAAACUGCCUUCCCAUGAGCUCGCUGCCGCUUUUGACAACCCUCUCAUCAUAACCCAUCCCCAGGGCCACACUGUCCCGAGAUUAGAUGAGGUUGCCACCGAGCAGUUGCGCAGUUGGACAGCAGAAAUCAUCGAAUGCAAAAAUUGUGCUGCGGAUAAGAAGCAUGUCCUGGAAAAUGGAGAACCAACAGUUGAUAUUGAUCAGGAGAAACAGCGAGAAGAAGCGCGCAAGUCUGUUGAUAUUGUAGAGGCAGCCCAAGCCUGAAAAUUUCAGACAUGAAACCUCUCUCUACAAUCCAGAUUGGUUUAAAUAAAUGACUUCAAUUUGGAAUAGAUUUGGCCUCUUGGCUCAACAAUUCUAAAUAA